GCGUCUCGGUGAGGGAUGCGGCGGGACCGGCCAUGACGGCGGUGCGGGAGGCGGCGGGGCCCCCCGCGCCCCCCCCGGCGCCCCCCGAGCUCUCGGCCAAACCGCUGACCCCGUUCGGCAUCGAGGACAUCCUCGGUCCCCCCCGGCGGGCGCCGCCCCGGCCCCGCGCCGCCUCCCCGCUCCGCGCCCUCCAGGAGCUGGCGAGCAGGACCUUCCGCGGGCUGGAACGGGCACCGGCACCGGCACCGGGUCGCCCCCCCCCGAGCCCGGGGCUGCCCCGGCGGCGGCGGCGGAAGUCGCGCACGGCGUUCACGGCGGCGCAGCUGCAGGCGCUGGAGCAGCGGUUCGGGCGCAGCCGGUACCUCUCCCCCGCCGAGCGGGACGCGCUGGCGGCGCGGUUGGCGCUCAGCUCCGCGCAGGUCAUCACUUGGUUCCAGAACCGCCGCGCGAAGCUCAAGCGCGAUCUGGAGGAGCUGCGGGCGGACGUGGAGUCGCUGCGGGCGCUGCCCCCCGCCGCCCUGCGGCAGCUCGCGCAGCUCCCGGCGGCACCGGCGGCACCGGGGGCACCGGGACCCGCCCCAGAGCCCGACGAGGAGGAGAUCGACGUCGGGGACUGAGGGACCGGGGGGGUCCCGGGGCGCUGCUCCUCGCCGCCCUCAGCCGGUUCGCCCGGGACAGCGGGAACCUCGCGGGGACCACCGGGAACUUCUCCCG